UCCUAUUUCAAACAAAGAUUAGGGUUUACAGGUGCAAGUGAAUCUUAUCAGGUUAGCAUAGAUUUAGCCUAGGAAAAGGAUAUUUCCGUCUAAAAAAGCGAUGACAAGCGAACUCGGUCCAACAUAAGUCUCAUUUUUAUAGAGACAAGAUUAGGGUUUAAGGGCAAAUGAUCAAUCUGUAUUGUAACGGUUUUGCGUAGUGUUGAGAGCUUCAGCAAGACUGAGAGAACAAAUUCAGCCAUAGUUAUUUUAGCAGUUAGACUGUGCAAAUCCAUUUUCCAAAUGGCUGAAGCCGUGAACCCAAAAGCAUAUCCUUUGGCUGAUAAUCAGCUUACUAUAACUAUUUUGGACUUGGUGCAACAGGCUUGCAACUAUAAGCAGCUUAAAAAGGGCGCUAAUGAAGCUACCAAGACUCUGAACAGAGGAAUUGCGGAGUUCGUUGUUAUGGCAGCUGAUACUGAGCCUCUUGAGAUCCUUCUCCAUUUGCCAUUGUUGGCUGAGGAUAAGAACGUGCCAUAUGUGUUUGUACCAUCAAAACAGGCAUUAGGUCGGGCAUGCGGUGUCACUCGUCCUGUCAUUGCUUGUUCUGUGACAACUAAUGAGGGAAGUCAACUAAAAUCACAAAUUCAACAGCUUAAGGAUGCCAUCGAGAAGCUUCUUAUUUAAUGCAGUUUUAUAUUCUCAACAAGAUCAAUAGUAGUUCGCUUGCUUCAAUUCUAUUUGCCCAUCUAGUUAGCACUGAUGACAUGGUCCGAAGGGCAAGGAUUGUCUGAUGCCAAUGUGACUUGCCCAUUGAGAAUGUUAGUCGUGGCCGUGGAGGUUUUACUAUGAUCGAGGAGAUUUGUAGUAACAAUUUUUGAUUGUAACUGGAAUUUUGUAAUAUUAUUGCACAGUUGCAGUAACUUUAUUUUGCUCGCUACAUAUGCUUGCUAAUAAAUCUUGCUAAUAAAUCUUAAAGAAUACGAUGGUUAUGGAUUA